CGCUAGGUAGCUAGCAUCAUCUGCUACUCUACUGUGUAACACUCCCGCAAAAUCGCUUACAAUUUCAAUGCAGCUAGCUCACUGGCCGUCUUAUUGGCUAAAUGUUUGGUAGUGUGAGGUUUUAUCCGAGGACACUGUUCGAGUGCUUGUGCUGAACUAAACUGGCGUUCUGGUUUGUGUACCUUAAUGGUGUUUGUUAACAGGCCAGUAGAAGACCGUCUGGAAUAUACACAAACAAGCAUGGAGUUUCCACCACAGCAGAAACCGGCGGGGGACGGGAAAAUUGUCUACCCACCGGGAGUAAAAGAGAUUACGGAUAAAAUCAGUAACGAUGAAAUGGUCAAACGGUUAAAGAUGGUGGUGAAGACCUACAUGGACAUGGACCAGGACUCUGAGGAGGAGAAGCAGCAGUAUCUGGACCUGGCGCUGCACCUGGCCUCAGAGUUCUUCCUCAGGAAUCCCAACAAGGACGUGCGUCUGCUGGUGGCCUGCUGCCUGGCGGACAUCUUCAGGAUAUACGCGCCGGAGGCCCCGUACACGUCCCACGACAAACUCAAGGAUAUCUUUCUGUUCAUCACCAGACAGCUCAAGGGCCUGGAAGACACCAAGAGCCCCCAGUUCAACAGAUACUUCUACCUGCUGGAGAACCUGGCUUGGGUGAAGUCAUACAACAUCUGUUUUGAGCUGGAGGACUGCAAUGAGAUCUUCAUCCAGCUUUUCAAAACACUCUUCUCAGUCAUCAAUAACAGCCAUAAUCAGAAGGUGCAGAUGCACAUGAUGGACCUGAUGAGUUCUAUCAUCACGGAGGGAGACGGCGUCACACAGGAGCUGCUGGACACCAUCCUUAUAAACCUCAUUCCUGCACAUAAGAACCUGAACAAGCAGGCGUACGACCUGGCCAAGACGCUGCUGAAGAGGACCGUUCAGACCAUCGAGACCUGCAUCGCUAAUUUCUUCAACCAGGUUCUCGUGAUGGGCAAGUCGUCCGUCAGUGACCUAUCGGAGCACGUGUUUGACCUGAUCCAGGAACUGUUUGCCAUUGACCCCUUGUUGCUGACCUCCGUAAUGCCUCAGCUGGAGUUCAAACUCAAGAGCAAUGACGGUGAGGAGCGUCUAGCCGUGGUACGCUUGCUCGCUAAAUUGUUUGGGGCCAAAGACUCGGAGCUGGCCACACAGAACAGACCCCUCUGGCAAUGCUUCCUAGGACGGUUCAAUGACAUCCAUGUCCCUGUUCGUCUGGAGUGUGUCAAGUUUGCUAGCCACUGCCUCAUGAACCACCCAGACCUGGCCAAAGACCUCACAGAGUACCUGAAGGUGCGCUCACAUGACCCGGAGGAAGCCAUCCGCCACGACGUCAUCGUCACCAUCAUCAACGCCGGGAAGAAGGACCUGAACCUGGUCAACGACCAGCUGCUGGGCUUCGUCCGGGAGAGGACCCUGGACAAGAGGUGGCGAGUCCGCAAGGAGGCCAUGAUGGGGCUGGCCCAGCUCUACAAGAAGUACUGCCUGCACCACGAGGCCGGCAAGGAGUCGGCCCAGAAGAUCACCUGGAUCAAGGACAAGCUGCUCCACAUCUACUACCAGAACAGCAUCGAUGACAAGUUACUAGUGGAGAAGAUCUUCGCCCAGUAUAUGGUUCCCCACAGUCUGGACACGGAGGAGAAGAUGAAGUGUCUUUACUAUCUGUACGCCUGCCUGGACACAAACGCCGUCAAAGCUCUGAAUGAGAUGUGGAAGUGUCAGAACAUGCUCCGGGGACUGGUCCGGGAACUGCUGGACCUCCACAAGCUGCCACCGUGUGAGGCCAAUAAUACAGGCAUGUUUGGAAAGCUGAUGACCAUUUCCAAGAACCUUCCGGACGCCGGCAAGGCCCAGGACUUCAUGAAGAGGUUCAACCAGGUGCUGGGGGAGGACGAGAAGCUGCGCAUCCAGCUGGACACUCUCAUCAGCCCCACUUGCUCCUGCAAGCAGGCCGAGAUCUGUGUGAGGGAGAUCACCCGGAAGCUGACGUUCCCCAAGCAGCCCACCAACCCCUUCCUCGAGAUGGUCAAGUUCCUGUUGGAGCGCAUUGCCCCUGUCCACAUCGACUCUGAAGCCAUCAGCGCCCUGGUAAAAUUGCUUAAUAAGUCUAUCGAGGGCACGGCCGACGACGACGAGGAGGGAGUGACGCCAGAUACCGCCAUCCGAUCCGGGCUGGAGCUGCUCAAGGUGCUGUCGUUCACCCACCCCACGGCGUUCCACUCGGCGGAGACGUACGAGUCCCUGCUGCAGUGCCUGAAGAUGGAGGACGACAAGGUAGCAGAGGCGGCCAUCCAGAUCUUCAGGAACACGGGCCAGAAGAUCGAGACGGAGCUGCAGCAGAUACGAUCGACUCUGAUCCCCGUCCUGCACCAGAAGGCCAAGCGGGGCACGCCCCACCAGGCCAAGCAGGCCGUCCACUGCAUCCACGCCAUCUUCAACAACAAGGAGGUGCAGCUGGCACAGAUCUUUGAGCCUCUGUCGCGUAGUCUCAACGCAGAUGUCCCAGAGCAGCUCAUCACCCCGCUGGUCUCCCUGGGCCACAUCUCCAUGCUGGCCCCAGAUCAGUUCGCCUCCCCCAUGAAGUCCAUCGUGGCCAACUUCAUCGUCAAAGACCUGCUCAUGAACGACAGGGCGGUAACGGUGAACCUCUGCCUCCAGUCAACGGGGAACAAGAACGGGAAGCUGUGGAGCCUGGACGACGAGGUGUCGCCCGAGGUCCUGGCCAAGGUCCAGGCCAUUAAGCUUCUGGUACGCUGGUUACUGGGAAUGAAGAACAACCAGUCCAAGUCGGCCAACUCCACGCUGCGCCUGCUGUCGGCCAUGCUGGUCAGCGAGGGCGACCUGACGGAGCAGAAGAAGAUCAGUAAAUCGGAUAUGUCUCGCCUGAGGCUGGCUGCAGGGGGCGCCAUCAUGAAGCUGGCCCAGGAGCCCUGCUACCACGACAUCAUCACGCCGGAGCAGUUCCAGCUUUGCGGGCUCGUCAUCAACGACGAGUGCUACCAGGUGCGGCAGAUCUUCGCCCAGAAGCUGCACCUGGCGCUGGCCAAGCUGAUGCUGCCGCUGGAGUACCUGGCCGUGUUCGCACUGUGCGCCAAAGACCCCGUAAAGGAGCGGCGAGCACACGCACGCCAGUGUCUCCUCAAGAACAUCACCGUCCGCCGAGAGUACAUCAAACAGAACCCCCUCGCCCAAGAGAAACUGGUGUCCCUCCUCCCGGAGUACGUAGUGCCGUUCAUGAUCCACCUACUGGCGCACGACCCGGACUUCACCAAACCCCAGGAGUACGACCAGCUCAAGGACAUCAAAGAGUGCCUAUGGUUCAUGCUGGAGGUGCUGAUGACCAAGAACGAGAACAACAGCCACGCCUUCCUGAGGAAGAUGGUGGAGAACAUCAAGCAGAGCAAGGACGCGCAGUGUCCCGACGACGUGAAGGCCACCGAGAAGCUGUACAUCGUGUGCGACGUAGCUCUGUUUGUCAUCGCCAACAAGAGCACCGCGUGCCAUCUGGAGUCCCCCAAAGACCCCGUCAUACCGUCCAAGUUCUACCUCAUCCAGGACAAGGACUUCAAAAACGACAAAGACUACUUGUCAGCAGAGAUGAGACAGAUGCUGCUCACUGGGAAGCCGAAGCCCAGCCCGGUGCUGGGGGCCGUAAACAAGCCCCUCACGGUACCCGGGAGGAGGGUCUUCAUCAAGACCCCCACCGUGGGCUCGGACCCCGCCAGCAACGCCAGCACCAACUCCCAGAACAGCCCGCAGACCCUCAUCAAGAACAGUAACGCGGUAACAGAAUCGACGGUGGCCGGCGCCCGGGAGAACAACGAGAACCCCGUCAUCAAGAACGACGACGGCGGCAAGAAGGCGGAGGCGGGUCAGAACACGGCGCCCACGGCCACGCCGGGGGCCACGGUGCCCAAGCGGCGCGGACGCCCCCCCAAGUCGGCGAGCGUGGCGGCCAGUCCAGCCGGGGCGGUGGAGAAGGAGGUGGUGGUGGUGGCGGUGGCCGGGGCGGGGCGCGGCAGGAAGAGGCCGUCCGAGGGCGUACCGGAGGCCAAGGUGUCCAAACAGCAGCCCAAGGACGACGGGGGGAAGAGAGCCAUCGCCCUGCAGAGGUGAGGAGGGGAGGGGGGAGCCAUCGCCCUGCAGAGGUAAAGAGAUCCUUGAAGACAAGGAAACGGCGGGAGAAGGCUGUUGGACUGUCUUUUGACCACACACGCACACAAAACACACAACCACACACACUACCACACAAACACACACUCGUCUGACUCUAAAGCUCCUCUGGAUUCCUGAUGGACAUUUCUUAAACAGAAUAUACAUGCAUUCACACAUGCCACUGAUAAUCUAGGUUUUUAACACCUUUUAGUCCUACGUUUGAAAUUUGUUGUAUGUAGAUGUUACUCUCAAAACAUGAAUUUUUUCCUUUACGUUCGUUGCUCUUUGCUUCUUUUGUGGAGCCGUUUUUAAGAAAAAAGGUUGGACAUUUUACAAACGUUUUAAUCUGGAUAUGAUUGUUGCUUAUUAAAUUCCCUGGGAAAAAGUU